AUGGGUGUGCCCGCGGGUGAUGGGCGCGGGCACAACUUCUUACCCGUGACGGUCGCCGGGCGUGAGUACGGGUACAGGACUUGCCUCGCGGGCGCGGGACAAGGAGGAUCAGGCGCUGGUGGUCUCCAAGCCGCGGAAGCCUCGGGUUUGCACCAGGAAGGUGAGAGGCGCCAGGAUCAGGACUCCAACACCAAGCCCGAACCAGACAGCAUUGUCGACCCUCUCUAUAGGGCUGUGCUCAUGAUCCCCACAAAUCCUGCUCCACCCACCGCUGCUGAGGACCUCCUCGCGCUUGCUCGCAACCGCGGCAUCUUCUAACCUGCCUAGUUCACGGUCAGUAAGCACUCCGUUGUACAAAUCAGUCCCUUGACUUCAAUUUUUGUCUAGACAAUGUCUGCAUAAUCCAUAUGUUCUGUAAGUGGUUUCUAUGCACCACAUAUUGGACAGGAGCUGUCUAAUCUUUUAUGUUAAUGUCAGGAUGCAUUCUUUACCCUGGGAAAUAUUGAAGCGACUUACAAACAUAUUGAACAUGUGCAAAUGGUUGCAUUUUGUUAGUUUGGCACAAGAAAACUAGCUAGCCAUGAGCAUUUCACCAUUCAUCUUCAUUGAUGCAGUGCAAUGUUAGUAGUAGAGCAUUGUGUAAUAUCACUAUAUCAGUGCUGACUUUGUUAUUUC